CACAGAUAGUAAAAACAUCAGGUACAUGCUUAGUUAAAAGUAAACUCUGUUAUCAUCGUCUUCAAAACAGAUCAAGAGAACUUUAUGAAACCAGAAAAUAUAUACAAAGUGUCACUUUUACUCAUAUAUGCAUAAAAGUCCGAUAAAAUGCUCAAACAAAGGAUAAGGAACUAUUUGCCAAAUAAAGCGAUGUCAUUUUGAAACAGUAUAAAAUGCAAGAAUGGUAUCAAAUGAAGUUACCUUACUCCUUCAUCUGCAUGUGUGCGUUUUGGUUUUAUACACAUCAUCAACAGUAGCUUAUCAACAUGACUUCAGGUUUAUUUCAUACCAAGAUCUCCAGUCUUCGGUUACAAGUUUUCAAUCUGAAGGAAAUACAUCAUUUUCGCAAAUGUUAUUCGAUAUAUCGAGAAAUCAAAUUUUCGUAGGUGCAAGAGAUGGUUUAUAUAGAUUGUCCGUAUCAAAAUUGAAAUUUUUGGAAUAUGCAAAUUGGGAAUCGUCAGAAAAGAAAAGAAAUGCUUGUAUGUUCAAGGGCCAAAAGGAGGAAAGUUGCCAUAAUUUUAUAAAAGUUCUAUUAAGCGAUGGAAAAGAAAUUUGGUCAUGUGGUACUAAUGCUUUCUCCCCGCAGUGUUCUUGGAGAGAAAUUAAUAAUAUAUCAAAUGUAACAAAAGUUAUGGAUGGGAUAGCAAAAAGUCCGUAUAAUCCCGCUGCUAAUAUAACUGCAUUUUUGUCUGAGAACGGAGACUACUAUUUUGCUGGUCCUACAGAUUUUUCCGGAUCGGACUCGUUGAUCUCAAAAAGUGUUGGAAACAGAGUGCUACGUACCAAACAGUCUGACAGUUUUUGGCUUAACGAACCACAAUUUGUUGGUUCCUUUGAAACUGAUAGGUUCGUUUAUUUUUUAUUUCGAGAAGCGGCUGUGGAAUAUAUGAACUGCGGAAAAAAUGUGUAUUCAAGAAUAGCAAGGGUGUGCAAAAAUGAUAAAGGUGGAGAACAAUCUAUGUUUAGAGACAAUUUUUCUACGUUUAUAAAAGCCCGAUUGAACUGCUCAUUAAGUGGCGAUUAUCCAUUUUAUUUCAAUGAAAUUCAGGGUAUUUCAUACGUAUCUACUGAAAAUAUUGUGUACGCAACUUUCGGCACUCCGUCAAAUAGCAUUCCAGGAUCUGCCAUCUGUGCAUUUAACCUAACAACAAUAAACAGAGCCUUCGAUGGACCUUUUAAAUAUCAACAAGAUAUAGACAGUGCAUGGAGUCAACACAAGAAUUCAUAUAAGGAUCAUUUUAACUGUGAAGCAACUCAUAGAAAAGUAAAUUUAUUAGAGACAUCUCAAUACCAUUUGAUGGAUUCUGCAGUACAAUCUACGAAUAUUGAUCCACUUCAUGUUGCCACAGGAGAGCGUUUUACUCACAUUACAAUAGAUGUAGUCGAAACGAAAUUGACUAAUGUUCAUAUUAUUUAUGUAGCUACAUUAGAGGGCAUUAUUAAAAAGUUAAGUUUACUACCACCUUAUAAACACACUUGUGUGGUUGAAAUAUGGCAAGUUGUUCCAGAUACAAACAUUCCAAUUAAAAAUAUGCAAUUCCUAAAAGAGACAAAUUCCGUGUACAUUACAACGAAUCAAGCAUUAAUGCAAAUAUCAGUAGAUCACUGUAACAGACAUUCCUCCUGGGAGAACUGCCAAAAUGCUAUGGACCCGUACUGCGGUUGGAACGAUAGAGAAGAGAUGUGUUCUAGAGCACCGCGAGGAGAUCCUCACAAUAAAUAUUGGAAGCAGAUUAUUUCCACCUGUCCUUCUUUAUACACACCUGUUGAUGGAGGGUGGGGUAGUUGGUCUACAUGGGCUCCUUGUAACCACAGAGCUUUAUUGGAUUUUAAUUCUUCCGAUCAGUGUUUAUGUCAAACCAGAGAAUGUAACAAUCCCGCACCUAUCAACAACGGAAAACCAUGUAUCGGUCAUUCGAUAUCCGUCAUAAACUGUACAGUCCAUGGCGGAUGGUCUGAUUGGUCAGCGUGGUCAGCAUGCUCAGCUACCUGCGGUACAGCUGUUAAAACCAGGACUAGAACAUGCACUAAUCCAGCACCAGCUUUUGGAGGUAGAGUUUGUGUCGGACAAGAUCGAAUGGAAGCAUUUUGUUCUGAAUAUUCUCCAUGUCCAUCUCAACCGAUAGAUGGUGGUUGGGGUCCUUGGUCGCCAUGGACUUCUUGCACAGCUCCUUGUGGGGGAGGUUAUAGAAUAAGACAACGAAAAUGUGAUAACCCCUCACCUUACAACGGUGGUCAGCAUUGUAGAGGUAACGAUGUAGAACAUGAAAGAUGUAAUGAUAGUCCUUGUACUGAUAUUAAAAAAAUCCAAACCACUGACUGGGUUACUGACACCAAUACUACCUUCACUGGCUAUCACAAGAAAAGAUACAAGAUCACAUGUAAAGCUCCAGUGAAAUUCCAAAACCAAAUAAAGAUUUCCAUAAGGGAAGAGGAACGAUUCUGUUCAAAUCUUCAGUGUAACAAUGACGACAACGAAUUUUUAGGCUGGACUACAUGGUUAAAUUGGAGUGAGUGCUCAGUGAGUUGCGGAGGUGGUACUCAAAAAAGGACUAGGUCUUGCAGAAAGGGAAGGAACUGUUUAGGCGAGUCUAUGCAAAUUAAAGAAUGCAAUAUACAUAGCUGUGAAGAUACAUGGGGUUGCUGGUCAGAAUGGUCACCAUGUAAUGUUUCAUGUGGAUGGGGAGUCAAAACACGUACAAGAACUUGUUUGGGACAAAACUGUAAUGGACCAUCGAGAGAACAACAACCUUGUCAGGAUCAACCAUGUGAAGGAAUUCUAGGAUGGGGUAACUGGACAGAGUGGUCCCUGUGUGAUCAAAAUGAUGAACAACAUAGAAAAAGAAAAUGUUUCCAUGAAAAUCCAGGUCCACAGGAAUGUCAGGGAAAAGACUGGGAAACCAGAAUUUGUUUUGGAGACUUUCCAAACGAAGCUGCUCCCAUCCUAUUAGAAUCUACUUCAUGCAUGUUAGUGGGAUUCUCAUUUUUUUUCUUAGGAGCCAUAGUAGGCUUAUUCCCCUAUGUCGCAAUUUUAAUCUACAAUUACUUCAAAAAGAAGAAAAACACUAUACCAAGUUCUCCGCAUUAUAUAAGUGCCGAACAAAAUCCAUACAUCUCUGUACCUACAAGAGAAAAAUUACCAAGAAAACAUAGUCCUAACCACGUCGGGUCUUACCCUCAAAAUGGGACCAUAAAGGCAGGAAGGAAAUUUUUUCCUGACGAAUUUGAAAUCCCAACUACGUUGAAAAGGAAUAGUCACGGCAUAGGAAAUGGUUUCGCCAAACAAUAUGAUAAUGAUAAAAGUUACUACGACUGAUGGUUUAAGUUUUAAAAAUUGUUCGUUUUAUUUAUAAACAUUUUAUAACUCGGAUAAGAGAAUGGUGAUAAGGUUUUGAACCCAGACCUUAUUUAAUAGAAUGCUGCUGCCAGUCAUAGGAUAGAAAAGAAAAUUAAUAUGUAUUUUUUUAUAAUAAAGACCAGUGUACUUUCUGAAAAAAAGUACAUGAAAUGCAGCUAUUUAAAAUAUCCGAGCACAUUGGUAGGUAACUCAACGAAAACUGAGAUUUAGCAGAUUAACUUAAUCUAUAAAAUCUUUGAACUGAUCAUUAUUAUUAUUACUAUUUCUGCUAAAUCUAACAUAUUUCAUAUAAAUCUCUUUCUGCUGAUAGUUAUUUAUACAAGUUCAUAAAGGGGUGUCUUUAUACACAAGUUGUGUAUACUAUUUUUUCUACAAUCAUAAAAAUAAACCAAAAUUAAGAAAGACGAAAAACUUUAUUAACGCAAAAACCUCGAGAAAUCUUAAUACAAUCAAAAAAUGAAGUCUUUCCAAAACGCUUGUCGCCUUUUACCGGUGAGGGAAUAGGAUAAAUGUAUUGUCAAUAAUUACUGUGCAACGUAAAUCUGUAUUGAUACAGACAACGCUCAGUAUGAAUGUCAUUUUAAUGAUUGUAGAAAAAAAUAGUUGUGGCAACCCAAAUCAGUUUGUUUCUUGAAAAAUAGGUUGAUAUUUUCAAAAUUUAUUGUUAAUAUUGAUUUUUAUUAUAUAUGUAUUUUCGGUAGUACUCAGUCGGUAAAUUAACGAUAGAGAUAGAAAAAAUAACUGAUACAAGUUGCUACCUACAUUGACAAUUUUAAUCGAAUUUAAUGUGCCAAAAUAUGUAUAUUUUUAAAAAAUUUAGUCUAUUGUUUUAUCAUAUUUUUAUGUUCAGCUAUUAUACUCAGUAAGUAAUCUUUACAGUUUUAUGUAAAAAUUUUAUAUAAAUGUAUAUGUAUAUUUUUUAUAAGAAUGUGAUAUAUUUAAUUAAGUUUUUUCUGUUUUGUUGACCAGUAGUGAGUUUCCAUGUAGCUCCUAUUUAUAAUUUGUUGUUAUUAAAUGAGUUAUGUACCUGGCAAAACUUUCAAAUCAUUUGUGGUUCAAGACAUUUAAUUAAACAUUUUACUAAUAAUUUUAUCUUCGACUUAAGAUUUAAAUAUUUUAUUUUGAUACCAGUGUAGUGCAUUAAGAAUAAGAAAUCAAUUUAAUGAUUAUAUUUUUAUAUGGCUAAAAAUGUAUGUUCUACUUAUAUUGUACCUGCUUGAUAAAAAUCUACUUAUAAUAGAAAAAUAACAACUAAUACAUUAUUUUGAAUUGCCGUUUUUACUACAAACAUAUUUGUAAAUAUCAUAACUAUAUAAUUAACAAAGAAUUAUAGAAAAUCAUUUUUUGUGCCAUAGCAAGCAAAUUAAGAAUUGAAAAAGUACCAGAACUAGAUCUUGUGCUUAACUUAAUUUACCUGGUUUGCCACAAAAAUGUUUUUAAUUCAAUAUUCCAGGCGCUAAUUUCUUUCAUGUAACAAAG